CAUGUUUUCUUCUCAAUAGUUGAGUUCGAGACAAGUAUAGAAAGAAUUUUCUUUUAUUAAAAUGGCCAUGAAAUUAAUUGCUCCAAUGGCCUUUCUGGCCAUGCAAUUGAUUAUAAUGGCGGCAGCAGAAGAUCAAUCUGCCCAAAUUAUGUUGGACAGUGUUGUCGAAAAAUAUCUUAGAUCGAAUCGGAGUUUAAGAAAAGUUGAGCAUUCUCGUCAUGAUGCUAUCAACAUCUUCAAUGUGGAAAAAUAUGGCGCAGUAGGCGAUGGAAAGCAUGAUUGCACUGAGGCAUUUUCAACAGCAUGGCAAGCUGCAUGCAAAAAGCCAUCAGCAAUGUUGCUUGUGCCAGGCAACAAGAAAUUUGUUGUAAACAAUUUGUUCUUCAAUGGGCCAUGUCAACCUCACUUUACUUUUAAGGUAGAUGGGAUAAUAGCUGCGUACCAAAAUCCAGCGAGCUGGAAGAAUAAUAGAAUAUGGUUGCAGUUUGCUAAACUUACAGGUUUUACUCUAAUGGGUAAAGGUGUAAUUGAUGGGCAAGGAAAACAAUGGUGGGCUGGCCAAUGUAAAUGGGUCAAUGGACGAGAAAUUUGCAACGAUCGUGAUAGACCAACAGCCAUUAAAUUCGAUUUCUCCACGGGUCUGAUAAUCCAAGGACUGAGACUAAUGAACAGCCCCGAAUUUCAUUUAGUUUUUGGGAAUUGUGAGGGAGUAAAAAUCAUCGGCAUUAGUAUUACGGCACCGAGAGACAGUCCUAACACUGAUGGAAUUGAUAUCUUUGCAUCUAAAAACUUUCACUUACAAAAGAACACGAUAGGAACAGGGGAUGACUGCGUCGCUAUAGGCACAGGGUCUUCUAAUAUUGUGAUUGAGGAUCUGAUUUGCGGUCCAGGCCAUGGAAUAAGUAUAGGAAGUCUUGGGAGGGAAAACUCUAGAGCAGAGGUUUCAUACGUGCACGUAAAUGGGGCUAAAUUCAUAGACACACAAAAUGGAUUAAGAAUCAAAACAUGGCAGGGUGGUUCAGGCAUGGCAAGCCAUAUAAUAUAUGAGAAUGUUGAAAUGAUAAAUUCGGAGAACCCCAUAUUAAUAAAUCAAUUCUACUGCACUUCGGCUUCUGCUUGCCAAAACCAGAGGUCUGCGGUUCAAAUCCAAGAUGUGACAUACAAGAACAUACGUGGGACAUCAGCAACAGCAGCAGCAAUUCAACUUAAGUGCAGUGACAGUAUGCCCUGCAAAGAUAUAAAGCUAAGUGAUAUAUCUUUGAAGCUUACCUCAGGGAAAAUUGCUUCCUGCCUUAAUGAUAAUGCAAAUGGAUAUUUCAGUGGACACGUCAUCCCUGCAUGCAAGAAUUUAAGUCCAAGUGCUAAGCGAAAAGAAUCUAAAUCCCAUAAACACCCAAAAACUGUCAUGGUUGAAAAUAUGGGAGCAUAUGACAAGGGUAACAGAACACGCAUAUUGUUGGGGUCGAGGCCUCCGAAUUGUACAAACAAAUGUCAUGGUUGCAGUCCAUGUAAGGCCAAGUUAGUUAUUGUUCAUCGUAUUAUGCCGCAGGAGUAUUAUCCUCAGAGGUGGAUGUGCAGCUGUCAUGGCAAAAUCUACCAUCCAUAAUGAGAUACAUUGAAACUGUAUGUGCUAGUGAAUAUUCUUGUGGUACAAUAUUAGAACUGAUAUUGAAAAUAAAUCAUAAAUGUUUCUAAGGCAUUUAUAAUAGAUUAUAUUAAUGGUUCA